UGGACUCCAGGCCCUGCGCGGCCCCCUUCGCCCUCCGGCCCACCCUGGGCCCCGCGGUGCGGACCCUCUGCGAGGAGGCGCGGACACUCAGCGCCGCUCGGGCGGAGCUCGGGCGCGGCGUCGGCAGUGGCAGCGGCAGCGGCAGCAGCAGCAGCAGCAGCAGCAGGUGCGCGGCCUGGGCCGGAGCCGCGGGCCGGAGAGGAAGCGGCGCUAAUCCCGAGCACGGGAGACACCUGCCUCGGCCGCGAGCCCGGCGGCUUGACAUCCCCGAGCCCAGGAGCCCCCCCAGGGGGAGGCUGAGAGACCCUUGGAGGCCCCUGACGUCCCUCCCCGUCGGCGCAGAACGGGGCAACCGCAGCCAUGACCACCCACGUGACCCUGGAGGAUGCCCUGUCCAACGUGGACCUGCUGGAGGAGCUGCCCCUCCCCGACCAGCAGCCAUGCAUUGAGCCGCCGCCAUCCUCCAUCAUGUACCAGGCUAACUUUGACACAAACUUCGAGGACAGGAAUGCAUUUGUCACAGGCAUUGCAAGGUACAUUGAGCAGGCUACGGUCCAUUCCAGCAUGAAUGAAAUGCUGGAGGAAGGGCACGAGUAUGCGGUCAUGCUUUACACCUGGCGCAGCUGUUCCCGGGCCAUCCCGCAGGUGAAAUGCAAUGAGCAGCCCAACCGGGUUGAGAUCUACGAGAAGACAGUGGAGGUGCUGGAGCCGGAGGUCACCAAGCUCAUGAAGUUCAUGUACUUUCAGCGCAAGGCCAUCGAGCGGUUCUGCAGUGAGGUGAAGCGGCUGUGCCAUGCAGAGCGCAGGAAGGACUUCGUCUCCGAGGCCUACCUCCUGACCCUGGGCAAGUUCAUCAACAUGUUCGCCGUCUUGGAUGAACUAAAGAAUAUGAAGUGCAGCGUCAAGAACGACCACUCUGCCUAUAAAAGGGCAGCCCAGUUCCUGAGGAAGAUGGCGGACCCCCAGUCUAUCCAGGAGUCACAGAACCUUUCCAUGUUCCUGGCCAACCACAACAGGAUCACCCAGUGUCUCCAUCAGCAACUGGAAGUGAUCCCAGGCUAUGAGGAGCUGCUGGCAGACAUUGUCAACAUCUGCGUGGACUACUACGAGAACAAGAUGUACCUGACCCCCAGUGAGAAGCACAUGCUCCUCAAGGUAAUGGGUUUUGGUCUCUACCUGAUGGAUGGAAACGUCAGUAACAUUUACAAACUGGAUGCCAAGAAGAGAAUCAACCUCAGCAAAAUUGAUAAGUUCUUUAAGCAGCUGCAAGUGGUGCCCCUUUUCGGCGACAUGCAGAUAGAGCUGGCCAGAUACAUUAAGACCAGUGCUCACUAUGAAGAGAACAAGUCCAAGUGGACGUGUACCCAGAGCAGCAUCAGCCCCCAGUACAACAUCUGCGAGCAGAUGGUUCAGAUCCGGGACGACCACAUCCGCUUCAUCUCCGAACUUGCUCGCUACAGUAACAGCGAGGUGGUGACAGGCUCCGGACUGGACAGCCAGAAGUCAGACGAGGAAUACCGAGAGCUCUUCGACCUGGCCCUGCGGGGUCUGCAGCUUUUAUCCAAGUGGAGCGCCCAUGUCAUGGAGGUGUACUCCUGGAAGCUGGUUCACCCGACAGACAAGUUCUGCAACAAGGAUUGCCCUGGCACGGCGGAGGAGUAUGAGAGAGCCACACGCUACAACUAUACCAGUGAGGAGAAGUUCGCCUUCGUCGAGGUGAUCGCCAUGAUCAAAGGCCUCCAGGUCCUCAUGGGCAGGAUGGAGAGCGUCUUCAACCAGGCCAUCAGGAACACCAUCUAUGCAGCCCUGCAGGACUUCGCCCAGGUGACUCUGCGUGAGCCCCUGAGACAGGCAGUGCGGAAGAAGAAGAACGUUCUUAUCAGUGUCCUACAGGCAAUUCGAAAAACCAUCUGUGACUGGGAGGGGGGCCGAGAGCCCCCCAAUGACCCAUGCUUGAGAGGGGAGAAGGAUCCCAAGGGGGGAUUUGACAUCAAGGUGCCCCGGCGUGCUGUGGGGCCCUCCAGCACACAGGCCUGCCAGUGGUCCCCGCGGGCUUUGUUUCACCCCACUGGUGGCACACAGGGCCGAAGAGGCUGCCGAUCCCUGCUGUACAUGGUGCGGACCAUGCUUGAAUCGCUCAUCGCAGACAAAAGUGGCUCCAAGAAGACCCUGAGAAGCAGCCUUGACGGACCCAUCGUCCUCGCCAUAGAGGACUUCCACAAGCAGUCCUUCUUCUUCACGCACCUGCUCAAUAUUAGUGAAGCCCUGCAGCAGUGUUGUGACCUCUCUCAACUGUGGUUCCGAGAAUUCUUCCUGGAGUUAACCAUGGGCCGGCGAAUCCAGUUCCCAAUUGAGAUGUCCAUGCCCUGGAUUCUAACAGACCAUAUCCUGGAAACCAAAGAACCUUCCAUGAUGGAGUACGUCCUCUACCCCUUGGACCUGUACAAUGACAGCGCCUACUAUGCUCUGACCAAGUUUAAAAAGCAGUUCCUGUACGAUGAGAUUGAAGCUGAGGUGAACCUGUGCUUUGAUCAGUUUGUCUACAAGCUGGCGGACCAGAUCUUUGCCUACUACAAAGCCAUGGCUGGCAGUGUCCUGUUGGAUAAACGUUUUAGGGCCGAAUGUAAGAAUUAUGGAGUCAUCAUUCCGUACCCACCGUCCAACCGCUACGAAACACUGCUGAAACAGAGACACGUACAGCUUUUGGGUAGAUCAAUUGACUUGAACAGACUCAUUACCCAGCGCAUCUCUGCUGCCAUGUAUAAAUCCUUGGACCAGGCCAUCAGCCGCUUCGAGAGUGAGGACCUGACUUCCAUCGUGGAGCUGGAGUGGCUGCUGGAGAUCAACCGGCUCACGCACCGCCUGCUCUGUAAGCACAUGACCCUGGACAGCUUCGACGCCAUGUUCCGGGAGGCCAACCACAACGUGUCUGCCCCCUACGGCCGCAUCACCCUCCACGUCUUCUGGGAGCUGAACUUCGACUUCCUCCCCAACUAUUGCUACAACGGGUCCACCAACCGUUUUGUUCGAACUGCCAUUCCUUUUACCCAAGAACCGCAAAGAGAUAAACCCGCCAAUGUCCAGCCUUAUUACCUCUAUGGAUCCAAGCCUCUCAACAUUGCCUACAGCCACAUCUACAGCUCGUACAGGAACUUUGUGGGCCCCCCUCACUUCAAGACCAUCUGCAGACUCCUGGGUUACCAGGGCAUCGCGGUGGUCAUGGAGGAACUCCUGAAGAUCGUCAAAAGCCUGCUCCAAGGAACCAUUCUCCAGUAUGUGAAAACACUGAUCGAGGUGAUGCCCAAGAUUUGCCGCUUGCCCCGGCACGAGUAUGGCUCCCCAGGGAUCCUGGAGUUCUUCCACCACCAGCUGAAGGACAUAAUUGAGUACGCAGAGCUCAAGACAGACGUGUUCCAGAGCCUGAGGGAGGUGGGCAAUGCCAUCCUCUUCUGCCUGCUCAUAGAGCAAGCUCUGUCUCAGGAGGAAGUCUGUGAUUUGCUCCAUGCUGCACCCUUCCAAAAUAUCUUGCCUAGAGUCUACAUCAAAGAAGGGGAGCGUCUGGAGGUCCGCAUGAAACGCCUGGAAGCCAAGUAUGCCCCACUUCACCUCGUCCCUCUGAUAGAGCGGCUGGGGACCCCCCAGCAAAUCGCCAUCGCUCGGGAGGGCGACCUGCUGACCAAGGAGCGGCUGUGCUGUGGCCUGUCCAUGUUCGAGGUCAUCCUGACACGCAUUCGGAGCUACCUGCAAGACCCCAUUUGGCGGGGCCCCCCACCCACCAACGGCGUCAUGCACGUCGACGAGUGCGUGGAGUUCCACCGGCUCUGGAGUGCCAUGCAGUUCGUCUACUGCAUCCCCGUGGGGACCAACGAGUUCACAGCUGAGCAAUGUUUUGGUGAUGGUUUGAACUGGGCCGGCUGCUCCAUCAUCGUCCUGCUGGGCCAGCAACGUCGCUUCGACCUGUUUGACUUCUGUUACCACCUGCUGAAAGUCCAGAGGCAGGACGGGAAGGAUGAGGUCAUUAAGAAUGUGCCCCUGAAGAAGAUGGCAGACAGAAUUAGGAAGUACCAGAUCUUGAACAAUGAGGUUUUUGCCAUCCUGAACAAGUACAUGAAGUCCGUGGAGACAGACAGUUCCACCGUAGAGCACGUGCGUUGCUUCCAGCCACCCAUCCACCAGUCCCUGGCCACGACCUGCUAGGUGGAAGGGCCUGCAGACCCUUGACCUGGAGGAGGAGAAGAAGCAGGAGAGAGAAAGCCAUGGCCAGCCUGCAGCAGGGUCCGGCUGGACAGCAUAGGGGAUCAGCCUGGAAGCAAAUAAGAACCUCCCCAAACACAUCUACGCCUCCCAAGGGCUGGGCCUGUGCAUGCUGUCCCAUGACAUCUCCAUGGUGGUUUUUCCAUAGCAUCAAUGAAAAAAAAAAAAAAAUGAAAAGAAACAGGGCAGUAUGUGCUUUUCUUUUCUUUUUUUUCCCCUCAGCCGUGUUAAGAGCCCUAGUUUCACCCCUUCUCCAUCUCACAGCCCCACCCCACAUCCAUGGUUGCUUCUCAAGACCUCCUCCUGGAUGGUGACCUCUUUCCCAGGGCCCACGUGCGACCUCAGAGUGAAGUCUCAGAGAUGGAGAAAAGAGCGUGGCCGUACCCCAAGAUAUCAGAUAUCAGCCCGACCUGACAGGCGUGUCUCCACUUCCUGGCUUCUUCAUUUCCUGUGCCUCUUCCCCCAGCCCCCAUUUUCCCAGGCAGCCUCUCCUCCUACUCUGGAUGCUGAGGAUUCGACCUCAACAAUACUUGUGGACCAGCCGCUGAGAGCCACAGGAAACAGAAGACAAGCUUCCUGGUACUGGCACCAUGGUAGAUGGUGUUGGCUCUGGCCUUCCCCGGACUCCCCCAAAACACACUCCCCUCUCAGGGCGCUCCUAGAGAGGACUCAGAAACACAUUCACAACCGUGUCUCACUGACUGGAAUUCGGGUAGAAAGGUGGUCCUGCCUGCUGUGCGGAAGCAAUGUUUAUUGACAUAGCCAGAAAUUCCGUUGCCCCAGACAGAAAGCUGUGGGACCAUCUCAGUUUGAUGACGAGGUGGUUCCGUAUUCAUGAAGCAAAUAAUGUGAGCAGCAAGGUGCCCAGGGCCGCGGACGGUGGGACCACAGCCCUGGACAAGUCAGGCACGUGCUGCCCACAGCAGCCUCCGGUGACCACAUUCGGGACGGCUUCUCUGCACACUCUCUCAUCAAGGAAAGCUCCCACGAGAAAGAAAAUAUUAAGGGGUUAUUUCAACAGCAGCCCAAAAUGUAUUGGGUCAGGGGGGUGAGGAAUAUAAAUAGUCCUUGUCAAUGAGUUUUUAAUACCAGGAUACACUCCAGAAAAGAAGUCCUGUUUUAGUGAAUCGGGACUUACACUGUCCUAGAAGCUGAGAAAUUCUUAGGAUAUUUUAUCUUCUGCUCUCAACAUCCCCAGUGUUCCUUAACCUAGAUUUCGAGGCAUACGCCUAUCACAGGGGCCUGUCUACUUCCAUUUCUCCAACAGAACCCAAAGUCUUUGCAGAAUCUCCCACCGAGCAUGGGGAGACUGUUGAGAAGGAUGGACGCCUUUGGGAAUGAAUGUCUCAUUACAGAGCUCCUCUUCUUCAAAGGGAGCCUGUGACCCUGAGCUUGUAAGAAAAUAUAAAGUGAGACAUUUGAUAUCUCUCCCUGAAUCCAGGGACAAAAAAGAAAAAUGUGAAAAUAGAGCAACAAUGAUCCCCUCCCUCAGGGCGGAUGAAUGGAAAUGGUUACCAUCAUUCAGAUGGCCCAUUUUAACCCAUGGAAAGGGCAGAAACAGUCUAUAGCAGGUUUUUGUGAUACACUGUGCUCCCCAGGGAGGAGAGAGAUGGGACUCACCACGUGUGGCCCAAAGGCCUCCAGCAGGAUGUUCUGAGGUUAGUGCAUUUGGAGCAGAUUUCUGGGCUCUCCCCCAAACCAGUUAAGUCUGCAUCCCUGGGAAUCAGGUAGGGAAAUCUGCACCUUGCACAAACUUUCUGAGCUGUUCUGUUGCCCAUGGAAAUCUGAGGAUGGCUGCUGUGGAGGGUCUCUCCUUCGAGAGCCUGGGCCCUGAGCUCCCUCUGAGCCAGGAAAGAAAAUAUUGGUAGGGGCAGGAGAACAAUUCAGUGUGGGAACCGGCAGAUCCCCCUGUCUAGAGAUGUCGCUUCCUAUUCUGAUUUGUUGUUGUUGUUGUUUAUUCCUCUUGAUGACCUUGGAUAUGUCCCAAAGGCAGAAGGGAGAGGCUACACCAUAUGAUAGAACCCUCAUUCCAAAGCCAGGUAAAAUCUUUAAGCUCCAGAGUCUUCUGAAUCUUUAGUCCUGUGUGCGGACAGUGGGUCUUUCAGACAGAUGACCCGCUCUUAAGUCCUAGAGUUUCUUCCAAAUCCUUGCCCACUGCUUUGGUGGAGAUUUGGAUCAUCCAUUUGGUGGGAUUGCUGUUUCAACAACCUGCCCCUCCAUCCUGCGUCUAUAACCCUGAAUCUGACCCCUGGAUAGAAUCCUGUUAUCUUAAAGAGACUUGACCCUGGUAAAUUGAGGUCUUCACCUUAAGGAGAGACAUUUGACUUCCCUAGCUCGCUGGCGCAUUCAUUUAUGAAUACCAAACAGGUUUAAUAUUCUUUCCUCCCUGGUAUUCCUGCUCCCUUUGAUUUGAUUUUUUUGUGUGUGUGUCUAAGAACCAGGAAAAAAAAAAAUCUUAGGUUUUAAAAAGUUUUAAAAAAAAAUUCUGUUUCAGAAACUGUCAAAUGUACCAUAUUUGUAUUAAGAGUUGUUGGGGAUUUUUGUACAAUGAAUUUACAUUUAUUUAUGGUGACUUAUAUUUACGCUUGUGAUCAAAUAAUGAUGUUAAAUUCUUAAAUCAUAUUUGCUAUGCAGCUGAAGAUGAUAUUUUGCUUUGUAUUUUGGGGUACCUGUGUUGAGUUGAUAAACAUUUCCAUCUCCAUUAAAACUGCUUCCAAACCAGC